UUCUGGUGGGAAUUCCUUGACUUUUCCGAACAUGAGAGGGAGACCCAGCCCUGCUCCUCCAGCGACUCAGACUUCGAUGAUGAUGAACCCCGAAAGUUCCACGUGGAGAUCAAGCCGGUGACGGUGAGAGAUUGGGCCCCUGACCCAGCCACAUCGGUGGAGCAGCUGCGGGCUUCCGUCGGAAAUAUCGUCCUUUCUUCCAAUCCAACUAUUCCAUCCAAAAGGAAUUCCACACGGCAUUCAAUCCAACUGGCUCCACUUGCAGUGGAAGGGAACUCCCAGGGUGCUCACAUGAGAGGUAAGGUGAAGUUUUGGAGACUGUAUCAGAUGUGUGUUAACACAACCAUCACAACAGGCAAUUGUUGCCAACUUUCUAGCCUGUCUUACUGUAAUGACCAAUAUUUCACAAAGUGCCUGUAACUGGAACGAGUUUCAAGGUCUCCAUUUAGUUUUCUGGAUCAUUCAGUCUUUGGUUGGUAGCUACUGACCAUGUGUGACCAUGUUCCUUCCCAAACUCAACUCGAUUUCUUAUGAAACUGCACCAGUACAUCUCUCAUAAUGAGGUGUUAGAGCAAAUCUCUGUUCCUCAUUUUUAUCUACAGGCUCCUAUUAACAGAGCUGUUGAUGAAAAGUCCCCUCACCCAAAACAUAUAAAUAAAUGUAUGGAUUUUGCAGUGUUCAGUGGUGACCAUGCACAACAGUUCCUAC